UCGUCUCACAUCCUCCCCAGAGCUUGGACACCAGGGAGACGGAUCGAGGCGGCAGGUGCGCUCAAGACAGAGGCGGCACGAGGGCGAGGGUGAUGGGGGCUGGCGAAGGGGCACCGUGCGGGAAACUUUAGGACGCCGUCAUCGUCAUCGUCAUCAUCAUCAUGUCCCCGAUUAGACCGGCGCCUGUGUCGCCUUCGCUACCACUCGCAGCCUGCAGCCCAGCUCGGUGGUACCAGGCCCGGGUCUCCCGUGCUCAGAUCUGACCCGACCUCCGGGAGGCGUGAGACGGAACUAAAAUGCGUCCCUGGUGGACUUUGGCUUUUGGAUUCUGGAGCCUGGUCUGCGGCGAGCUUCCAUUCAUCGCAGAGAACAACGCGGCCAUGCUGGUCAACUGGAACGCUGUUGACGGGAACAAGAAGUUAUACGCUAUCUACGAUACAAGCGUCAACGAGCCUGGCAACAUGUCCUUUGUCAAAGACACCGUGGACAAACUCCUGAAGGGAUAUGACAUCCGUCUGAGGCCGGACUUUGGGGCUGCACCGGUUGCUGUUGGCAUGAGCAUUGACGUGGCCAGCAUAGACAUGGUGUCUGAGGUCAACAUGGACUACACGCUGACCAUGUACUUCCAGCAAUACUGGAGGGACAAGCGUCUGGCCUACAUGGGCAUCCCCCUCAACCUGACCCUGGACAACCGCGUGGCUGACCAGCUGUGGGUGCCAGACACAUACUUCCUCAACGACAAGAAGUCAUUCGUUCAUGGCGUCACCGUCAAGAACCGCAUGAUCCGACUCCACCCGGAUGGCACCGUCCUCUAUGGCCUCAGAAUCACGACGACGGCCGCCUGCAUGAUGGACCUGAGGAGAUACCCGCUGGAUGAGCAGAACUGCACGCUGGAGAUCGAGAGCUACGGCUACACGACAGACGAUAUCGAGUUCUACUGGAAAGGAGGUGACACAGCCGUGACAGGGGUGACGCGCAUCGAGCUCCCGCAGUUCUCCAUCGUGGACUACAAGCUGGUCUCCAAGAAUGUGGUCUUCUCCACAGGUGCCUACCCUCGACUGUCUCUGAGCUUCAAGCUGAAGAGAAACAUCGGGUACUUCAUCCUGCAGACGUACAUGCCCUCCACCCUGAUCACCAUCCUGUCUUGGGUGUCCUUCUGGAUCAAUUACGACGCCUCGGCUGCCAGAGUGGCUUUAGGCAUCACCACCGUGCUCACCAUGACAACCAUCAACACCCACCUGAGGGAGACGCUCCCCAAGAUCCCCUAUGUGAAAGCCAUCGACAUGUACCUGAUGGGCUGCUUCGUCUUCGUCUUCUUGGCGCUGCUGGAGUAUGCCUUCGUCAACUACAUCUUCUUUGGUCGAGGGCCGCAGAUGCAGAAGAGGCUGGCUGAGAGGGGGCAGAAGGCCAACAACGACCGCACCGAGUUUGACCGGCCAAAGGCCGACUCCCAGGGCAACAUCCUGCUGACCACCUUGGAGAUUCACAACGAGGUGGGGGGCCACGAAAUCACCACCACCGUGUGCGAGACAACGCACAACUCCACCCCCAUCGUGUCGGACAACUCCUCGUACAGGAGGACGAGCGGGUCGGCCGGCCGCCGCAGCCUGGACGGGACGGCUCAGCUCAAGAGGAGCCGACUGAGGCGGCGCUCGUCGCAGCUCAAAAUCAAAAUCCCCGACCUGACGGACGUGAACGCUAUCGACCGCUGGUCUCGCUUCAUUUUCCCUUUCAGCUUCUCCUUCUUUAACGUCGUCUACUGGCUUUAUUACGUCAAUUAAAGCGCGUGUGUGGACGCUGACGCUCUUUGUGCUGUGCUUGAUUGGAAAAUAUGAUUUGUCUGUUUUUAUGACCCACCUUUUCACGACCUCAUAACACCGCCAGGACGCUAGCAAGCAGUGGAAGACGUCCACGUGUCCCUCAAACCACUUUGUCCACAAGACGAUCAAAGCACUUCCUCUGAUGUCAGUCGCUAGUCUGCUCACAGCCGCUAGGGGGCAUGCUUGCAUUGUUAUGAUAGGUUGUGAUGAACAGUGGAACCCCUCAGGCUCAACACAGUCCGGUUGGGAUUUCAAAAUAAUGGAAAUUAAAUUACAGUAAUCCCUCACCACUUCGCACUUCCAAUUUCGCAGCUUCACUAUCAAAAAUAUAUUCAUUAAAUAUUUAUAUUUAAAAUAUAUUAUUAUGAAAACUAUAUUCAUGAAUAAAUCAUGCUGUUUCAUAGCUGAAUACAGCAAUUAAAAGUAAAAAAAAUAUGCAUAUUGAUGCAAAUGUUUACUUUUUUUUCCUAAAUUAAGCAUUUUCAAGUAUAAAAAUGACAAAAUUAAUUAAACUACAAAUAUAAGGCAUUCAGAAGACACAUUCAAAGACGUUGUGAUGAUAUGUAGUAUUGUACACUGGUCACUAGGUGUCAGUAAUGUUACAUUGAUGAGACAACAGCCACAGCAGGAAAUACUGUACAGAAACAGGAAGUAAAAAAAAAAAAACAUGUGCAAACUAUAUUAUGUCUUAUAUGUCUGACUUUCUGUUAUAAUGUCUACUAUACUGGGUAAUAGGAGUGUAAAGGGGACUAUGGGGGUGUUAUUUCAUGUCUAGAGGUGUCUAGUAAUGUUAAAGAGCGUAUUGAGAAGAUCAUUAACACGUUUUCUGUGCUCUAACUACCAAAAUAUUCCAUUUAUAAAUAAGGAAUCCUACUUUGCGGAAAUUCACUUAUCACGGCCGGGUCUGGAACCAGUGAAGCGCCAUAAGCGAGGGAUUACUGUAACACGUUCUAUGGUCAAUGCAUGAAAAUCAUUACACAGUUUUUUAACCGUUUAAAUCAUGGGUGUCCAAAAUGCGGUGCGGGGGCCAUUUUUCGAAGCACCGCUGUUUUUUCAAGAAAAAAAAGCAGUAACAGCAAAAGUGGGAAAAAAAAAUCUGCGUUAAUUUUACAGGAAUAAAUUAAAAACAAUCGAAAAAGUCAUAAUUAAAAAUAAGAAAAAUAUCGUCAUUUUUGUAGCAUGAAGUUGAAAGAUAAAAGAAAAAAGAUUGUAUUGUAUUGUAUUGUAUUGUAUGUACUUUAUUUAUCCCACAGCGGGGAAAUUUACUUGUUACAGCAGCAAGACAAGUAAAGAGAACAGUGUAAAGAAAGCAUAGUGUCUACAACAUGGUUCAGGUGGUGCAGGUGUUGUAGAGCCUGACAGCGGUCGGUAUGAAGGACCUGCGGAACCUCUCCUUCUUACACCGUGGGUGUAACAGUCUGGUGCUGAAGGAGCUGCUCAGGGAAACAACAGUGUCAUGUAGCGGGUGAGAGGUGUUGUUCAUGAUGGAUGUCAGCUUAGCCAACAUCCUUCUCUCCCCCACUUCCUCCACGGAGUCCAGAGGACCGUCCAGGACAGAGCUAGCUCGCCUGAUCAGUCUAUUUAUCCUGCUCCUGUCCCUGUCCGUGCUGCCCCCUCUCCAGCAGCCCACAGCAUAGAAGAUGGCUGAGGCCACCACAGAGUCAUAAAAGGUCCGUAAAAGAGUCCUGCACACACCAAAGGACCUCAGUCUCCUCAGCAGGUGAAGGCGACUCUGGCCCUUCUUGUAGAGGGCGUGGGUGUUGACGGACCAGUCCAGCUUGUUGUUAAGGUGAACACCCAGGAAUUUGUAGCUGUCUACCAACUCUAUGUCCGCUCCCUGGAUGUUCACCGGUGUAAAGUGAGAUGUUUUCCUCUGGAAGUUAAUGAUCAUCUCCUUUGUCUUGCUGGUGUUGAGCUGCAGCUGGUUAAGCUCACUCCAGCUGACAAAGUCCCUGAUGACCGUCCUGUAUUCCAGAUCAUUCCCCUCUGAAACACAACCAACGAUGGCUGUGUCGUCGGAGAACUUCUGGAUGUGACACUGUGUGGAGUUGUGUGUGAAGUCCGAGGUGUAGAGGGUGAAGAGGAAAGGGGAGAGCACCGUACCCUGAGGGGCACCUGUGCUGCAGAGUACCAUGUCAGACACACAGUGACGGAGCCUCACAUACUGUGGUCUGUUGGUGAGGUAGUCUAUAACCCAUGCAGUCAGGUGUUGGUCUACUCCCACACUCUCCAUCUUCACUCUGAGUAGUGCCGGCUGGAUGGUGUUGAAGGCACUGGAGAAGUCAAAAAACAUGACCCUCACAGCGCUCCCGCUGUCCUCCAGGUGUAGCAGUGAUCUGUGCAGCAGGUAGAUCACUGCGUCGUCCACUCCGAUCCGAGGCCGGUAAGCAAACUGCAGGGGGUCCAGCUGAGUGCCCACCAGGGGUCGCAGGUGCUGCAGGAUAAUCCUCUCCAUGGUCUUCAUCAGGUGAGAGGUCAAGGCAACAGGCCUAAAGUGGUUAGGCUCCUUGGGACGUGGUGUCUUUGGGAUCGGGACCACACAGGAGGUCUUCCACAGGGCCGGGACUUUCUCCAGGCUCAGGCUGAGGUUGAACAAGUGCCUGAGAACUCCACAGAGCUGGUCAGCAUAGUCCUUGAGGAUUCUGGGGCUGAUGCCGUCCGGUCCCGGGGCCUUCCUUGCCUUGAUCUUCCUCAACUGACUUCUCACCUGAUCAUCAGUUAUGGAGAGGGGAGUAGAGGAUGGCUGGGAUGGGGAUGUGGGG